CAUUAAUAGAGUCACACAUAGACACUGCUACAGUUCUACAGCUUCACUAACAAUCAAUAACAAUCACACAAUUACGGAUACAGACUUAUUUAUACACAAACACACAGACACACACACACACACACAGACACACACACACUCAUGUUGCGAGAGCUGAUGUUAGUGUGUGUGGUGGGCAGCGUGGGUGCAGCCUUGGGUGCGGGUCUUUGUCCCUCCGUGUGCUCGUGUCAACAGGAAGGAGCGUUGCUGAUCACCGACUGCUCCGAACUCGGACUAUCAUCCAUCCCUGAGGAUCUAAACACCCUCACCUCUUACCUAGAUCUCAGCAUGAACAACAUCAGUGAAAUCCAACCCAACGCUUUCCACAAACUGCCCUUCCUCACCGAACUACGUCUCUCUGGGAAUCAGCUCCGACACAUCAGUGGCUCUGCCUUCCGUGGCCUCACAGGCCUCAAAAUCCUGAUGCUGCAGAACAACCAGCUGGAGAGACUGGAGAGUGAAGAUCCAUGGGAACUGCCCAAUCUACUUUCACUACGUCUGGACGCUAACCUCAUCGCAGACGUUCCCGCUCAGGCGUUUUCAGGCAUGCGGUCUCUGCGCCACCUGUGGCUGGAUGACAACGCGCUAACCGAAAUCCCAGUGAGCGCGCUCAGUGACCUUUCCACUCUGCAGGCCAUGACCCUCGCUCUCAACCGCAUCACACACAUCCCAGACUACGCCUUCAGGAACCUGUCCAACCUCGUUGUGCUGCAUCUUCAUAACAACCUAAUCCAGACUCUGGGAGAGAACUGCUUCGAGGGCCUUCGCAGUCUUGAGACUCUUGAGCUGAACUUCAACAGUCUUCAGAAAUUUCCCGUGGCCAUCCGGACACUGAACAAACUCCAGGAGCUGGGUUUCCACAACAAUAACAUCAGGAUGAUUCCUGAGAGAGCUUUUGUGGGGAACCCAUUGCUGCAGACCAUUCAUUUCUAUGAGAAUCCCAUCCAGUUUGUUGGAAGAUCUGCUUUCCAGUUUUUGCCACAGUUACACACUCUAUCUCUGAAUGGUGCCACUGAGAUACGGGAAUUCCCUGACCUGACAGGGACCACCAGCCUGCAAGUACUCACUCUGACCCAAGCAGGUCUCACCAGUCUGCCACCUGAUCUCUGUCAACAACUGCCCAAUCUCAGAGUGCUUGAGUUGUCUCAUAAUGCAGUCGAGGAUUUGCCCAGUUUUUACCGCUGUACUUCACUGCAAGAGAUUGGAUUGCAGCACAAUCGCAUCAGGCGGAUCGAGCUAAACACGUUUAAACAGCUCGUAUCCCUUCGAUCGCUAGAUCUGAGUUGGAAUCAGAUUGAGAUGAUCCACCCUGAUGCCUUCACCUCUCUCCACUCUCUGCUCAAACUUGAUCUGAGUGAUAACCGGUUAUCCCGAGUCCCACUGUCUGGCUUGAGCAGCCUCACUCACCUCAAACUGAGAGGAAACACUCACCUGUCUCAUUCCUUUAGAGAGGAAGAGCUUCCCAACAUCAGGGUAAUGGAGAUGCCGUAUGCCUAUCAGUGCUGUGUGUUUGGAGCGUGUAAUGGAUACAGAUCCGCUGCUCAGUGGGAGGAAACGCCGGCUACAGAGGAGGAGGAGCUUCAGAAAAGAGCUCUCAGCCUCGUCCCCAUUCACUCUGACUACGAUCCCGAUCUGGAGGAAUUCCAGGCGGCCAUAGAAGAGUCCAAACUCCAGACGAGUGUCCAGUGCACUCCUGUCCCAGGUCCGUUUAAGCCAUGUGAUGCUCUGUUCGACAGCUGGCUGGUUCGUUUAGGGAUGUGGCUCAUUUCUCUCGUCUCUCUCCUGGCCAAUGUUCUCCUCGUGCUCUCAGUCUUCGCAUCGCCCAGCUACCUCUCUCCCGUCAAGUUCAUCAUCGGGUCCAUCGGCGCUGCGAACCUACUCACUGGGCUCUGCGUUUGCGUGUUGGCGCUCAUCGACGCUCUGACCUUCGGCCAGUUCGCUUCGUACGGUGCCCGCUGGGAAUCCGGCGCCGGUUGCCGAGUGACAGGGUUCAUCUCCGUAGCAGCAUCUGAAUCUUCCAUCCUGUUCCUGGUGCUUGCGGCGGUUCAGUGCAGUGUUUCCGUCUCAUUUGGGAAGUCUCCGUCUCACGGCAGCGUCCGAUGCGCUGCUACAGUCUGCGUCACACUUUCGCUGAUUUCUGCAAGCCUGCCGCUGUUGGGGGUGGGCAAAUUUGGAACCACACCCCUUUGUAUCCCGUCCCCGCUCCCAGAUGCCCCACCCACCACACUGGGCUUUAUGGUAGCACUGAUUAUGAUGAACUCUCUCUGCUUCCUGCUCAUCACAAGCACUUAUAUUAAGCUCUACUGGGAUCUGAUGAAGGGGAACUUCGACAGCGUGUGGGACUGUGCCAUGAUCAAGCACGUGGCCUGGCUCAUUUUCACCAACUGCCUGCUUUAUUGCCCCGUCGCCUUCCUCACUUUCGCCUCCUUGCUUUCCCUCAUCCCCGUCAGCGAAGACGUGAUCAAAUCCGUCCUGCUGCUGCUUCUCCCACUGCCGGCAUGCGUCAACCCGUUGCUUUACCUCCUCUUCAACCCGCACUUCCGCGAGGACGCAAAGCUCUUUCUGAACCGAGCUCGCCUGGUGCAGGACCGCGUUCUCGACUCCUUCGUCUCCGUGGAGAUGGAGAAGAGCUCGUGCGACUCCACCCAGGCACUGGUGCCGUACUGCUCUGAGUCAGAUGCCACGCUCGACACCUCGGUGCCACUUGUGCCAUGCCAGCUUCAGACGAUGAAUAAAGAAAAUGACAAAAAGGAGGAGAACAUCUGGAGCAAAAAGAAGGACAAUCAGAGAGGAAGCUCUCUCGUCUCUGCAGUUUAUCAGUCUUCACAUCCCGCAUGCCAUUCGUAAAUUCUAUUUGGACUUUGCCCGGAUAUCAGAACCCUUCCAUUUAGGAGAAAGACGUUUCUCAUGGACAAAAUUAUUAUUGGUUGAUAACAGAGUAAAGAAAUAUGGACUCAAACUUUUGGACCCAACAGGUUUCUCUGAGAGGCAGGAGUGAGAUUUCAAAUCUUACCUUACAAUGACAGUUCGGUCGAAAACGAAAUGCACACAAUGUCAUAGAAUGUCAUCUGAAAGUUCCCUCAGAUCUAAAGGUUCAGCUGAGAUGUGUUUCCUGUCUGAUGUUUGGCUAAACUGUCAGCUAGACAUUUGUGUUACUUCUUAACUACUUACUCAUCCAUCAUCAUCAACUGCAGCGCAAAUGAGCAAAAACCCUUCUGCACUACUGAAGCUUGUUUACACCACAUUGAACUCCGAUUUAUAACAACGACAUGUUUCUCAGAUUAAUCCAUCAAUGGCAGCAACAUAUCAUAAUAUGACACAACAAAAUAGUACAGAUCAUAUUUACAAUCACCACUUUAUAUCUUGCUGUUGCGACAUCACAAAAUUCACAUCAGGCAACAUGCGACUUUUUAUCUCGUUGUAACAUAACAUUCAGUCUUGACUUUAUGUCUCACCAGUGCAACAAAUCAUUACACCAUUGUGACAUAACGUCAUGCGAUUCUGACAAACUGUCACACGAUUCUGCGAUUCCAAACGUCCCACAAUUUCGACAAAACGUCAUACCAUUCUGUGAUUCCAACAAAACGUCACACGAUUCAACAAAAAAAAUCAUUUGAUUCUGACAAAACGUCACACAAUUCUGCGAUUCCAACAAAACGUCACACAAUUUUGACAAAACGUCACACAAUUCUGCAAUUCCAACAAAACGUCACACAAUUUUGACAAAACGUCACACAAUUCUGCGAUUCCAACAAAACGUCACACAAUUUUGACAAAACGUCACACAAUUCUGCGAUUCCAACAAAACGUCACACGAUUCAACAAAAUAAAAUCACGUGAUUCUGACACGUCACACAAUCCCACGAUUCCAACAAAAUGUCCCACAAUUUCGACAAAACGUCACACAAUUCUGCGAUUCCAACAAAACGUCACACAAUUUUGACAAAACGUCACACAAUUCUGCGAUUCCAACAAAACGUCACACAAUUUUGACAAAACGUCACACAAUUCUGCGAUUCCAACAAAACGUCACACGAUUCAACAAAAUAAAAUCACGUGAUUCUGACACGUCACACAAUCCCACGAUUCCAACAAAAUGUCCCACAAUUUCGACAAAACGUCACACAAUUCUGCGAUUCCAACAAAACGUCACACGAUUCGAACAAAAAAUCAUUUGAUUCUGACAAAACGUCACACAAUUCUGCGAUUCCAACAAAACGUCACACAAUUUCGACAAAACGUCACACAAUUCUGCGAUUCCAACAAAACGUCACACGAUUCAACAAAAUAAAAUCACGUGAUUCUGACAAAACGUCACACAAUUCAGCGAUUCCAACAAAACGUCACACGAUUCCAACAAAAAAUCAGGUGAUUCUGACACAACGUCACACAAUCCCACGAUUCCAACAAAAUGUCCCACAAUUUCGACAAAACGUCACACAAUUCUGCGAUUCCAACAAAACGUCACACGAUUCCAACAAAAAAUCAGGUGAUUCUGACAAAAAGUCCCACAAUUUCGACAAAACGUCACACAAUUCUGUGAUUCCAACAAAACGUCACACAAUUUCGACAAAACGUCACACAAUUCUGCGAUUCCAACAAAACGUCACACGAUUCAACAAAAUAAAAUCACGUGAUUCUGACAAAACAUCACACAAUUCUGCGAUUCCAACAAAACGUCACACAAUUUCGACAAAACGUCACACAAUUCUGCGAUUCCAACAAAACGUCACACGAUUCAACAAAAUAAAAUCAGGUGAUUCUGACAAAACGUCACACAAUUCUGCGCUUGCAACAAAAUGUCACACGAUUCCAACAAAAAAAUCAGGUGAUUCUGAAACGUCACACGAUUCUGCGAGUCCGACAAAGCGUCACAGGAUUCCAUCAAAACAUCAGGAAAAUCUGAGAAAAACGUCACACCUUAAACCUUAAAAAUUUCAUCUCACAAUUUCAACAUUUUCUCUCCAUUGUGACAUUACAUCUUGCCCUUGUGACAAAAAAAACAAAUCCACACAAAUCCGACAAAACGUCGCACGAUCUUGACUUUCAAUCUAACUAUAGUGACUUUAUGUCUCAGAACUGCAACAGAACAUCAAACAUCAAACAUCACUGACAAAACGUCACACAAUUCAGCGAUUCCAACAAAACGUCACACGAUUCCAACAAAAAAUCAGGUAAUUCUGACACAACGUCACACAAUCCCACGAUUCCAACAAAAUGUCCCACAAUUUCGACAAAAUGUCACACAAUUCUGCGAUUCCAACAAAACGUCACACGAUUCCAA